AUUUCCGCUCCCCUUUGUUUUGGAUAUAAUGAUGUCGUCUUCUAUGUUUUCUGAUGUUUUGUUGGCGUCUUUUGCCACCAGCUGAUCAAUGAACCUGUGGGGAUUAUGUGCUUAAAACGACGUUAAAGUUUUUGAAUGACAUGAAGGAAUGGAGCGAUCAGAGCGAUUGUUCAGAGGGUGAUUAUGAUGAAGAAACAGAGCUGUUUGAACAGGAGACUGAGGAGUUUAUGAAAGAUUUUGUAGCAAAAAUAUUCCUAGAAGAAAGCGUUAUUUCUCAGGAGGACAAGCUCAAGUUUGGAAUCCUUAAUCAGCAUAGUGUUGGACGUCUUUCCUUUUCCAAACAUGUUGACAACCAGAGAGUAUAUUGCAAGAGUGUGCCAGAAACCAUCUUCUUCAGACUUGUACAGUACUUUGCAAUUGUUUUAUUUGAAUGUAACCAAGCUGACGAUUUUGAGCCAGCCAAGAUUUUAAUGAACAUGUGUUUUACAUUUUUCCUUCAAAUUAACAAAGAUGGAAAGGAAGUAAUGAAGCAGUUUAUUGUUCCAUACCUCAGAGAUCAACCGAUUUGGAAGUCACUUCGGUUCUGGAACGCAGCUUUUUUCGAUGCCGUACAUGGAGAACGAGAAGUUUCUGCCAUACCAAGUGAUACGUGGCAGAGUUGGACUGUACAAGAACAAAGUGAAUACAAAGAAUGUGACAAGAACAGCGUAUUUGGUAAAUUAGGGACGUUUCUCAAUAACAUGAAGGCAUUUGGUCUCGGAAACGACAUAUGCAAGGAAUUUCUUCAGAAAAUGAGUAUAAUUGGAGACUUGAGUGAAGGUGCUCACUUGGUUCAUGUCGAGGAUAAUAUGGACUGCUGGCAACCGAACAAAUUGUGCUUUUGGAGAAUAGCAUGGCUGCGGCUGGUGUUGACGAGCGCUCGCGGUAACUAAUCAGUUGCAUGAUAAGGGAACCCAGAAGAACGCAGUUUUUCUUAAUACCCGCUCACUGCAUUCAGGACAUCAGCAGCACUCGAGAUCAUUUUGGUACUUAAAGUAUCUACAAAGCCAUGUAUCAACAUCUGUAAUAUUUUCUUAUAAAAAUUAUUUCUUUGCUUACCCAUUCGACUAGUUUUGCUCGGAAACUUUUAAGUGCCCUUUACUGAAGGUUGACGAUUCAGAGAGCGAAUUACUCCUUAGACAGUUUAUUGUGGUUAACAUUUCUGGCCUAUAACAGAACAUUUACCUCUGAUACAUGUUUUGACACAGUUCUUAGGAACUUUUAACUUGUAAACAUCUCUUGGGCAUAUUAAUUAAUUUCUGCGAACGGGAGAUCUUUAAAACUAACAUGAAAGGACGACGAUACACAUUGAUUUUCAGUUUGAUGAACUUCUGCGAAAAAAACCCUCUAUGAUGUUUUCAUUUUUAUGAGAUAAAAGUUGUUUCUUUGUAUCCCACUUUUUGAUAAUGACAGGUGGAAAAGUUCCAGGAUUCCAAACAACGUCCCAUGAAAGUUCAAAAAAGGCUGUAAAAGUCACAGUGAAUUUUAUUUAAUCCGCAAAGUGGAUUUUGUUACGGUGAAUUGUACUGGUUUCGAAUGCAAUUUGAUAACUGAAGCAGUCCUUAUCUUUAUAAACAAGGCCUAGGCGUUUCCAUUACAUAUUUAAAAUUUAAAAUUAUUUAUCGCACAGAAAAUGGGAUUUGGGUAUCCUUUAAUUAAAUUCAACUUCUUUCGUUUAAACGGAAGACAAUUAACGAAUUAUCUUAUUGUAAAUGUUAUGGCAAGAUAUUUUAAAAGUUUGUUGUUAAAUUAUUUAGUUUUCUAAGUACCGUGCUAACAGUGGUCUGUAUAUGAAGGGUUUUAACCACGCCAUUUUAAAUGGUAAUAAAUGACAUUUCUUAAA